AUGGCGUUCCAACCGAUGCUGUGGCAUCGUGCCGCAUUCUCUCCGAUAGCAGUAGCCCUCACAGCAGGCGCAAUCCUCUAUCCCAAACGACCCGCGUACGCCGAAGAAGCCGACAUAGCGGAUGUCCUCUCGCGCAAGCCCAUCUACGACGACACCCCACCGAACCUAACCCUCCCCUCCUCCCCCGACGGGUCCGGCACUCUCCCCUCCUCGCCGACGACAAAACACAAUCCCUCCUCCCCGUCUCCAACCGACCGCCUCGCCACCCAGAUCCGCCGUACGCGCCUAGCACUCCAACGACAAGCAGUGCGCGCCGAGGACGCAACCAACGCAUUCAUGACGCGCACGCUGCAGCUCGAGCACUCAUUCACCAGCACCAUUGCCUCUCUCGCGCCGCCGAAAGAAUCCAACGAGAAGGUCGUCCCAGGGCUGUUGUACGUCCUUGUGGCAUCCAUGGCCGGCUCGAUCGCGACGAGGAACAGGAAUAUCUUCCUCAGGGCUGCUGUGCCAGUGGCUGUGGGUAUCGGAACCGCGUACACUGUCUUGCCGCUUACGACGAGAAACGUAGGGGAUCUAGUCUGGCAGUAUGAGAAGAGGUUUCCCGUGGUCGCGGAGAAUCACAUCAGGGUCAAGGAGAGGGUGGGCAGGUUUGUGGAGACGGGGAUUGCGCAUAGUCAGAUGAGUGCGGCGAUGCUGCAGGACAAAGUUGGGGGUGUGAGAGCGGCGGUCGAAGAGUGGGUUAAAAAGGGGCGAUAG